AUGGAAACAAUCCACCGCAUUCAUGUUAAAUCCCUCGCCCACCGCGGCACAAUCCAAGGCGUAACGAUCUCAACAUUGUCUUCUCCCACCAGCCAAGCCAAAGACCUCUGCCAUUACUUUGGCGGCGUCCGCUACGGCCUUGCCCCCACUGAGCGCUGGCGCCGCGCCCAGCUCUUGCCUGCGUCUUUCACCUAUGGCAGCGAAGAAGCACCGGGUCGCUGUGACGGGGGCGCAGGGCUUUGUCCCCAGCCAGGCUUUCGACACACACCUGAGAACCCGGAUGCGUGGAAUGAGGAUUGUUUUCAAUGUAAUGUUUGGACGCCUAUUGGGGAGGUGCCUGAGGGAGGAUGGCCUGUUUUGGUUUAUAUUCAUGGCGGAUGGCUUCAAUUUGGCACGCCCAAUUCAUUCAACGCGGCGGCAUUGAUUGGCGAGGCUAAUUUCAACGGCGUGAUUGUGAUGCCUGCGUACCGAGUCAACCUUUUCGGAUUCCUCUACUCAGCAGAACUGGAGGAGGAUGCAGCCACCGUCGGAGAGACAGUUGGGAACCAUGGGUUCUGGGACCAGAGACUAGCACUGGAGUGGACAAAGGAGAAUAUCCAGCUAUUUGGUGGCAAUCCGGAAGCCAUCACAAUCUCAGGAUAUUCUGCAGGCGCCAACUCCGUCUUCCAUCAACUAGCCUACGACCUCCGCCAACCAGAUGAAAAAUCCCUCAUCCGUCAAGCCUGCAUCUGGUCAAACAGCCCAGCCGUCCAGCCUAAGCAGCCAACCGAAACACAAGCCCAAUUCGACCAACUCCUAACCUCCCUGGAUAUCUCCCUCACCCUGAGCCAUAACGACAAACUCACCCGGUUACGCUCAAUUCCUGCAAAAGUCCUCCUCGACAAAGCAAGAACAAUCCCCCUGCAUCAAUUCCGCCCAACUACAGACACAUCCUUCGUCUCCCCAUCCCUCUUUACAACCCUGGACAGUGGCGCUUUCGCCCGCAGCAUCCUCGCCCGCAAGAUCCGCAUCAUAGUAGGUGAAUGUUGCGACGAGCGCUUCCUCUACAGCGCAUGGUUCCCACCGACAGACAACACUCUCUCGGCGCUACGCACCCGUCUCGUUGCAGAUUACCCAGGACACAUCGUUGACGCUAUCAUACCGUUUUAUUACCCGGACGGCCGUUUACCGGCGGAAUGCAAGGACUGGGACCAGGAUGCGUGGGGGAGGAUCUAUGCUGAUAUGCAGGUUCAUCAAAUGCAGCGUGGGUUUGUGUAUGCAUUGACGGAAAAUGAGGAUGGCAUUGAUGCUUCGGCAUUGUUGUUUCGAUAUCGGAUUGAGUGGAGAGCCAAGUGUGUGGAGGCGACUUUGCCAGUUGAGUGGGGAGUUACGCAUUCAUCUGAUUAUCCGAUUUGGUUCUUUGGCAACGGAGGAUUGUUGGAUGAGAAGGAGAUGAGAGUUGUGAAAGAGGGGUUCAUUAGUCCGUUAGGAAGAUUUGUCCAUAGGGAAGAGGAGUUUGGAUGGGGGACUUCUGGGGCUAGGUUGGUUAGGACACUGACGGGGGAUGGGAGUGUUGACAUUGUGGAGGAUAGAAAUUGGGAGGAGGGUAUUAGGGUUUGGAAGGUGUUGAGGGAAGCCGGAAGGUGA